AUGUCCCUCGACCGUUAUUCCUACAUGCGCCACGAUCGAUAUAUUAUACUGACGAAAUGCAGCGAUCGCAAGAAGGGUUCGCAUGGACUGCGAAAGAUGGCUUUCAGUAUGGUACAUGGAUUGACCACUGCGACCGUGGUUCCCUCGACCCCGAAGUCUGACCUUUCAUCGAGCUAUGAUGUUAUUGUCAUCGGUGCUGGGUUUGCUGGUCUCACUGCCGCCCGCGACCUUGCAUUCAAAGAAAAGAAGGACAGCAAGGUUGAGAUUGGGGGCACAUGGGUGCACUGGCAACAACCUCAUGUAUUCAGCGAGCUGCAAAGAUAUGGACUCGACGACUUUGAGGAAACCGUGGCUUUCCCUGAAAAUUGUGAGUCGACAGCCAAGGAAUCGCGGUCCCAACCAGCUAUAGUGUCAGAUCCUGCUGAAGGGCGAGUCAUGAUGGAGCAGCUCGAAGGACUCAAGAUGAAGUUCUUUGAUGUUGACGGACAAGGAGGGCGCAGUAUAAUCCCGUUCCCAUUCAGUACAGCGUCCAGUGUCAAACAGAAUCCGGACUACCUUGAACUAGAUAGACUCAGUGUCAGCGAUCGUGUUGCGCAGCUCGAGGGCUGCACUCAAGAGCAACAGUCCAUGCUUAGCGCGCAUGCCGCUUCAUUCUAUGGCAUCUCGCCUGAAAAGGCUUCCUCCACCAUGAAGUACAAGCUUGCAAAGGGCACCACUGCCUUUGCGCUAGCAAUCCUUGAGAACUACAAGGGCGAUAGAAUCCUUAACUCCCCUGUGACAUCAAUCACUCAGGGAGAUGGUGACUUUCCUGCUACUGUCACCCUCAGGAAUGGGGAGCAAUAUUUGUCCAAAACAGUCAUCUCGACAGUCCCCAUUAAUGUAAUAUCAUCAAUCGUCUUCGAUCCCCCCUUCUCCACACUCAGAACGGAAGCUUUCGCCACUGGCGUAACUCUAGCAAGGACGGAUAAGGUCCUUGUAUGCACGUCAACCGAGUUUAAAAACGGGUUCAACGUUAGCUACGAGGGAGGGGAUAUGCCCUAUGCCAGUGGUUUCACAGACGGAAGUCAUGGCGACCAUACCCUACUCACAUUGCUUGUCCAUCCUGACAACGGCCUGGACGGCUCAGAUGAGAAUAUCCGUCUUGUUGAAAGUCUUCGCCCCGCGGGCAUUCAAGUCGAAACUGCUUCUGGCCAUCUUUGGUCAGAUGACCAAUACGCUGGCGGAGUAAUGCCAGUUCGAGGACCUGGAUUUUUGCAAAAGUACAACGAUGAAAUACGAAAACCACAUGGAAAUGUGUAUUUCUGUGGAUCGGACUUUGCAGACGGCUGGCGCGGGUUCAUUUCAGGCGCCUUCGAGGACGCCUACCGAGUGACUAGAGAAAUCUUAAGACAGAACUAG